AUGACGCUUCCGUGCUCCAGUCCAGAUCCCCGGGCUGGACUUUCGAUUCUGUUCCGACCGACAAGAGGACUCCCUCGAUCACCAGAAUACCUCGGCGCGGGCAAAUCAAGUAUUGUCUACGGAUUCGUCAAGAACAAAGUCAUCAAACAACACACAGCCACCGACGACGACGAGGAUCCCAUGCAUGGAAACAGGAUUGUUCAUGCCGAUAUUGGAUGUCAGACUGGAACCACGGUAAUGGAUUUCGAAGGUUGCAGCAUUGAUGGCGAAGUCACAAAUUCUUGUUAUGAAUGGUUCAUUUACCGACCAUCGACACCGAGGGUUACCGAACAGACUGAUAUCUUUGCCUAUGGGUGUUUGGUGUACGAAGUUUUGACCGGCAAUCCAUCAUACCAAGAAUACAAAGACUCCGUACACGGGGACCACGAUGUCGAGCAACCCUACCUGGCCGAUCGCUUUCCUGAAGUGUCAAAUUUUCUGAGUUUCUCAACCAAAAUUGGAAUCAUGUUUCGAUGGGGCAGGGGUUGA